AUGGAAGCAGCGAAGUACGCAGCAAGAUUUGUAGAGGAUAUGAAGGUCCGCCCCGGCCCGAGGACUUCGAUUACAGAAUCCAAGAUGAUGCAACCAUUUCACUGGAUGGGCCUUCCCGCGCUCGUUGGACGCCCUGUUGCCCCGGCUGCGAAAGUCACUGACCACCCAGGGGAAGACCCCUUCCCCUGGGGCAUUAUGAUCGCAGACCUAAGGUACCGCGAAGCAGCAACCUUCCUCUACCAGUUCUGGAUUUCCAAGGCGUUCAGUUCUUACCCUGCGACGAACUUCAUCUCCGACUGGAUAGGCAACUGA